AUGUGUAACCUAAAACUGACAGUUUUCUUCAUUGCACUUUCUGUCACUCUGAGUUGUUUGGAAGCUGCACCUAUUGGGAAAUUCCUAUCUGCAGCUGAUGAUCUAUCUGACAGUACUUCAAAGAGACAAGGAUGGAUAUUGCCAGUAAUGUCACCGAAUAUACUCUCAGGACUUAGUGAGGAAAUGCCAGAACUACCAGCAGCAAACACAAAAAGUCAUCAUCUGGAGAAACGGAAAUGCAACACUGCUACAUGUGUGACACAACGCUUGGCUGACUUUUUAGUUCGUUCCAGCAACAACAUUGGAGCCAUUUAUUCACCUACGAAUGUUGGGUCCAAUACAUAUGGGAAGAGAGACACAGUUGGGCUUUUAAGCAGAGAAUCUCAAAACAAUGCACAGCUUUAG